UUACACACUCGUGUUGGAAAGAGAUGAGCUCAGACUGUUGCCCAGGGGGGCCAGUGUCUGCUGCUAGAUGCUGUAUGAACCAAGCUGUCAAUUAAAAUAAAUCCCUUAUGACAAACGGUAUAGUGAGAGCUAUAGUCUCACAUUUUGGGGCAGAAAGUGCCUCAUAAUCUCCUCAGAGUAGGAGUUGGAGAGACGAUGUAUGUAAAAACACAAAGCUGCAUCGGAUGAUUCACACAUGGCAAAGGGACAUCAGAUUGGAUUGUCCUGGAAGAGAGGAGCAUGUGUUUGGCUCAUCCAGUGGCUUUUAAUAGUGACUGGCACAUAUUGUUGGGCUGUUUUGCUGUUGUGUGUGAGUGAGUGUGCGUUAUAUGUGUGUGGCUGUAUGCCUCAUGCAGCUUCCAGAAAUAGAAAGCAGGGCAAAUUGUGAGUAGAGAUGAGCGCCAAAUGGGCCACACUGUCUUCAGGCCAGAGUUUCCCAGAUAUUUAAAAAUAAACCACUGGAUCCUUUGACACUGGGGCAGCACAUUAAUGAGAAGACGGGUCAAAGGUUAAAAGCAUUCAGCACCAGAUUCAAAAGGUAGAUGCAUACGUUAUUUUACAGUAAAGUGACAAAAAAAGUACAUAACUCUCGCUUUUAUCCAUCAUGUUUGUGUUUUUUGAUUAAAUAGAAUAUUAAAUAUUCUAACAAAUGAAUGACACAACUGUUUGUUGUACAUUUCUACGCUAGAAUUGACCUAGCCAUGUGAUAGAGCUUCAGUGUUUCGUAUUUGUAUCAGAGCAAUUAAGGUGGGACUUUCAGUAAUUCAAGUGGAGCCUUUUUUUUUAAUCUCUGGGGUCUAAAAGUUGUAUAAGAGUGUUUACCAGCGCUAUAUUUAAAGCGUCGGGGGAUGUAGAGGGUUGUAUGAGUGUCAGUUGGUAUGUACAUGUGUUCCCUCUUGGAUUCAUUGCUGCCUUUGCUGUAAUCUCUUGGAGCCUGACCUCUUGAUUCUUUGCUCUAAUUAGCGAGCUGCCAUAUCCCUGGUGAUGACGUCUGCAGCUACCAAUCUGUCACAUUUACUCACACACUCUCAAACACAUCCACACAAUGAGAAAUAAUUUUUAAAAAAGUGAUAUCUAAGAAGACGCAAACUCUGAACAGUGUUUGAGUUUGUUAUUUGUCAUGUUUCCAAUAGCACCUUUAACAUAUGAGUACUCACAAACACACAAAGCACUUCUCAUGUUUGAGAAAGCAAUUUUUGCUGUUGGAAAGUAUUUUAACAUUAUGUCACAAUAUGAGAGUAAACAAACUGUAAUGAAGAUGUCUUACAGUUUAUGCAGACUGUAUGAAUAUAUCUUGUCCCUGUGUUGAUGUGUCUAGUUUGUGCGAGUAAUGUAGCUCAGCCAACUGACAACAAUACAUCUGUUUGGGAAAGAUAAUGACCGGUCGUCAUGGCUGCCAAGCCACUGAAGAUACCAUUUGGGAGAUAGAGAGAGGCCUAAUAAAUUGCAGCACAAAUGCAUUUACAUUAGUUGAACAGAGGGGGGCAGUCCUGCACAAGUUACAAGGUUUUAGUCAAGUCCAUGUGUGUGCAACUCUUCAGGCCUCUAUCUUUAUAGGUUGGAAUGAAGCUCAUCUCACUACUCCAGCGAUGGGCACAUACAAACACAUUUACAGUUCAAUUACUGACACAGAUGUGUUUGUGUGCGGUAUGUGUAUAUUGACUUCUUGUCUUGUGUGUGUUGUUUUCUCCUGCCGCGGGUCUCCUCUGGCACCGACAGAGCAGUUAGUGUUGACCACCAUUAGGCAGGAGGCGUCUGAACCGCAGGACCCAGGCGAGGGCUCCGGUGCUACCAUGCGUGCCCGCCUCACAGACAGGUUUGACAAAACCUCGCCUCUCUCCCAUCAAUCCAACGGUGCAGGACCUGCUUGCUCGUCCGGCGGUUACCGCAAGGCAGAUGAUGAGAUGUCCGGGACCACUUCCCAGGCGGAUCCCGUAGACGCCACCGCGCGGACGGUGCUACUCAACCGGCCCCAGAACACCAAGUUCUGCGACAAUCAUGUCAGUACCACCAAGUAUGGGGUUCUCACCUUUCUGCCCCGGUUCCUAUAUGAGCAGAUCAGGCGGGCUGCCAACGCCUUCUUCCUGUUCAUCGCACUCAUGCAGCAAAUCCCUGAUGUAUCACCGACCGGGCGCUACACCACACUGGUCCCGCUCAUCUUCAUCCUCACUGUGGCCGGGAUCAAAGAGAUCAUAGAGGACUACAAAAGACACAAAGCAGACAACACGGUGAACAAGAAGAAGACGACAGUGCUGCGGAACGGAGCCUGGCAGACGAUCAUCUGGAAACAGGUGGCAGUAGGAGACAUAGUGAAGGUGACCAAUGGCCAACACCUUCCAGCUGACAUGGUUAUUGUGUCCUCCAGCGAGCCGCAGGCCAUGUGUUACACAGAGACCUCCAACCUGGACGGAGAAACCAACCUGAAGAUCAGACAGGGUCUCCCGCUCACCGCUGCUUUUCAGACCCUGGAGGAUUUGAUUGCACUGUCUGGUCGUUUGGAGUGUGAAGGCCCCAACAGACACCUGUACGACUUCACUGGCACACUGCGUCUGGAGAAUCAGAAUCCAGCUCCCUUGGGUCCAGACCAGGUGUUGCUGCGCGGCGCCCAGCUCAGAAACACACAGUGGGUUGUGGGAAUUGUUGUCUACACUGGCCAUGACUCCAAACUGAUGCAGAACUCAACCAAGGCACCACUGAAGCGCUCUAAUGUGGAGCGGGUGACCAACAUGCAGAUCCUGGUUUUGUUUGGCAUCCUGCUGGUUAUGGCCCUGAUCAGCUCGGUGGGCGCCGCCAUCUGGAACAAAGAACAUACUGAGGAGUCCUGCUGGUACCUGUCCCGGGCUGGUGACAUCUCCACUAACUUUGCGUAUAACCUGCUGACGUUCAUCAUCCUGUACAACAACCUGAUCCCCAUCAGCCUGCUGGUCACUCUGGAGGUGGUCAAGUUCACACAGGCCCUCUUCAUUAAUUGGGACGUGGAGAUGUAUUACUCAGAGACAGACACACCGGCCAUGGCUAGAACGUCCAAUCUUAACGAGGAACUGGGCCAGGUGAAGUAUCUCUUUUCCGACAAGACAGGAACCCUGACCUGUAACGUCAUGAACUUCAAGAAGUGUACCAUUGCGGGAAUAACAUAUGGCCACUUCCCUGAUCUUGACUGUGAUCGAUCAAUGGAGGACUUCAGCAAUCUGCCGUCCAGCAGCAAUAACUCUACAGAGUUUGACGACCCAGCUCUCGUCCAAAACAUUGAGAGCCAUCCUACAUCACCUCAGAUCUGUGAGUUCCUGACAAUGAUGGCAGUGUGCCACACGGUGGUCCCAGAGAGGGAGGGAGCCCAGAUCAUUUACCAGGCCUCAUCACCAGAUGAAGGAGCGCUGGUCAAAGGGGCCAAAGGGCUCGGCUUUGUCUUCACUGCAAGAACACCUCAUUCAGUCAUAAUCGAAGCUAGAGGAAAAGAGAUGAGCUAUGAGCUUCUGAAUGUGCUGGAGUUUUCCAGUAACCGCAAACGCAUGUCUGUGGUGGUCAGAACCCCCCACGGGAGGCUACGGCUCUACUGCAAAGGAGCUGAUAAUGUCAUUUUUGAGCGUCUGACUGAGGAGUCCCAGUACAAAGAACUAACUAUCGCUCAUCUGGAACAAUUUGCUACUGAAGGUCUGAGGACUUUGUGUUUUGCCUAUGUGGACCUGGAGGAAGAAGACUACCAGGUGUGGCUGAAGGAAUACAAUCAAGUCAGCACCGUGCUCAAAGACCGCGCUCAGAAACUGGAGGAGUGUUACGAACUACUGGAAAAGAACCUACUGCUGCUGGGCGCCACAGCCAUAGAGGACCGUCUGCAGGCUGGCGUCCCAGAGACCAUCGCCACUCUAAUGAGGGCCGACAUCAAGAUCUGGGUCCUCACUGGAGACAAGCAGGAGACGGCCAUCAACAUAGGUUACUCCUGUCGUCUGGUGACACACGGCAUGUCCCUCAUCAUUGUCAACGAGGACUCUCUGGAUGCUACUCGUGCCACUCUGACUGCUCACUGUUCGUCCCUUGGUGACUCUCUGAGGAAGGAAAAUGAGCUGGCGCUGAUCAUUGAUGGUCAGACGCUGAAAUAUGCACUGUCCUUCGAGCUCCGCCAGGCCUUUCUUGACUUGGCGUUGUCCUGCAAGGCUGUCAUCUGCUGCCGAGUAUCUCCGCUGCAGAAGUCCGAGAUCGUGGACAUGGUUAAGAAACACGUGAAGGCCAUCACGCUGGCGAUAGGCGACGGUGCGAACGACGUGGGCAUGAUCCAGACGGCCCACGUCGGGGUGGGGAUCAGUGGCAACGAGGGCAUGCAGGCCACCAACUCUUCUGACUACUCCAUAGCACAGUUCUCCUACCUAGAGAAGCUGCUAUUGGUCCACGGAGCGUGGAGUUACAACCGUGUCACCAAGUGCAUCCUCUACUGUUUCUAUAAGAAUGUGGUCCUGUACAUUAUAGAGCUCUGGUUCGCCUUUGUGAACGGGUUCUCUGGCCAGAUCCUUUUUGAGCGCUGGUGUAUAGGCCUCUACAACGUGAUAUUUACUGCACUGCCUCCGUUCACUCUGGGGAUAUUUGACCGGCCGUGCAGCCAACAGAACAUGCUCCGCUUCCCACAGCUCUACCGAAUCACCCAGAAUGCCGAGGGCUUCAACACCAAGGUGUUUUGGGGUCACUGUAUUAAUGCACUGAUUCAUUCAAUAAUUCUCUUUUGGUUUCCGCUCAAAAUGUUAGAGCACGACUCUCCGUUCAACGACGGCAAGGGAAAUGACUACCUGUUUGUUGGAAAUAUGGUCUACACAUAUGUGGUAGUUACAGUAUGUCUGAAAGCUGGAAUGGAGACAACCGCUUGGACCAGGUUUUCCCACCUGGCGGUUUGGGGAAGCAUGGCGCUCUGGAUGGUCUUCUUCGCUGUCUACUCUGCAAUCUGGCCCACCAUCCCCAUCGCCCCCGACAUGCUGGGCCAGGCUGGCAAGGUGAUGCAGUGCUGGCAUUUCUGGCUGGGCCUGGUCCUGGUGCCUACUGCGUGUUUACUCAAAGACUUCGCUUGGACCGCCACACGUCGCACUGUGAGGAAGUCUCUGCUGGAGGAGGUGCAGGAGCUGGAGGCUCGGGCUGUAGACCCAGGGGCAGCUGUGCUGAGGGAUGCCAGUGGCCGCAGUCUAAACGAACGGGCCCAUCUGCUGACAAGAGUCUUUAGGAAAACGCCUUCAAGUGUGGGACGCUCAAACUCUGUGCAGCAGACUGUGUCACAUGGCUAUGCAUUCUCUCAAGAGGAGCACGGCGUGGUGUCCCAAUCCCAGGUAGUGCGCUCCUACGACACCACCCGCCAACGCCCCAGCCUCUAGCCCCACCCCUGACCAAGGCUUCGGCUCACCGUUGCAACGGUUAUCAAGGUGACAGCGGAGACAGACUUAUGCGACACCCUCACGCCGGGUGCUCGACCCUGCUGUGGCCUUACUGGAACUAUGACCUGACCCCUCGCUGGGAAGGGGGUCACGGUCAGGCGUGGAGGCCGUCGCUGGCUCAUAGAGGACUGACUUGAGAGAAGGGACCAGGCUGACUUUAUGGGAAAUAAAAAAAAACAUUCUUCAAACUCACACAAGCUGCACAGGCAUGAGCAAUCAUAACCACGCACAGACAUGACAAGUCAAACUCAGAGACUGCUACUCAUAUCUGUAUAGCCCACAGACUGGGUUUGCCUCAUGCCACUGUGUGUUUAACCGUAUGUGUGUGUGUGUGUGCGUGUGUGUGUGCAUUCCCGUGCGUCUGUAUCUGCCCGUGCAUGUAUGUCAGCACGCAUUGGCGCUCCUGUGUUUGUGUGCAUGUGUGUGUCGGUCCGCGUGCGCUCGCUUCCACUGUUCUCGCUCAUCUUGCUCGUGAGGUGGGUGUAGCUUGUCUGUCAUCAUAUGCUGAUGCGGGAGGGGAGGGGAUGUCAAAAUAAACACCAAUGCACUGAUGAAUUCCUCAAAAAGGGAGGGAGUUGAGGGAGGGAGGCAAAGACCAAGGACUGCUAGAGUCCUGAACCCCAGCUACAGGCCCCCCCUGUCCCAUCGCAGCCCCAAGCCUCACUGCCAAACAUGACAGAGAUGCCACUGAGGCAGAACGCUCAUGCCAAACUGGACCACAACCCUGCUGCAAGCCCUCCUACCCCACUGGGACGUCCCCUUGCUUAUCUCACCAUCAUUCCUUCCCACCUAUCUCUCUAUCAUCUACUAGCAGCUCUGCAGCCUCCACGUCUCUCCUCCUCCUCUAGCACAUCUCCUUGUCUUGGGCAGUUUUUAAAAACCCUCAUGUUGUUUCUGACCGCUCCUGUGAUUCCUGUCGCCACCUGUCAAGCAUCGUCAGCUGACACAGAAGCAGCGAGCCUGGCAUUAGAGCUUCCUCCUUCAGUUUUGUUUUUCAUUCAUUAUUGGACUGUUUCUUUUUUUAUCAUUAUUAAAAUGGACAUUAAUGUG